AUGUUUGUAGACAACAGCAGCAACAAAAACAACAAAAUGGAAAUCAUCCCUAAAAAAUUUGCCGUCUCCUCGUACAGCGUCAAGAAACUAAUGAAACAGCUCUUCAAACAACACAAAUCCAAGCACUCACAACAACAACAAUUGGGUCAACUUAAAAAAUCGGAAUCAUUCUUUGAAGCACUAGAGUCAUUGGAAAAUCAAUGCAAUGCCAAAUUGGAAUUGGAAGCCUUCGCCAUGGAAACUGAGGAGAACAACCUAAACGAACGCCUAGCGGCCAAACAGAAAUCCUACGAAUUGGAAGAUUACGAUUUUAGUCAAAUCACUGUUGCCGUUCCAGUGCACUUUGCACGCACCAACCAAGGCACUUUCUUUUGGACCACCAGUUCGGAUAUACCAUCAGAUAAUGAUUUGGUGCAACCCAUGAGCUGUUCUACCAACAAUCAAUUGCCAAGCAGUAUGUGA